ACCAACCUCUCCUUCCUUUUGACUAUCCAAAUCCCACAUCUUAUUCAUUGUAACAUGAGGUCUAUUAACAUUCAAACUUGUUCAUCUAUAAAUGCAUGCAUUUUGGCUACCACCUUCACCACCACCCUCAAACCAAGACAAGCUCCAAUUCAUCAUCAUCAAUGGCUGCAUCCUUAACCCUUGCCUUUCUCAUGCUCUUUGCCACCAUUGCUAACGCCGAGCUUUCUUCGGACUUCUACGAUAACUCAUGUCCUCAAGCUCUACACACUAUCAAGCUCGCCGUCUAUGCUGCUGUGGCGAAAGAGCCCCGCAUGGGCGCUUCGCUUCUCCGGCUUCACUUCCAUGACUGCUUUGUCAAUGGUUGUGAUGGAUCGGUUCUACUGGAUGAUACUUCGAGCUUCACCGGUGAAAAAACAGCAACUCCCAACAAGAACUCACUCCGGGGUUUUGAUGUGAUCGAUACAAUCAAAUCAAAGGUUGAGAGUGCAUGUAAGCAAGUUAUGUCUUGCGCUGACAUUCUUGCCGUUGCUGCUCGUGACUCCGUUGUUGCAUUGGGAGGACCCUCAUGGACAGUGCAAUUGGGAAGAAGAGAUGCAACAAGUGCAAGCUUGAGUGCAGCCAACAGUGACAUUCCUUCUCCAGUGUCAGAUUUAAGUGACUUGAUUUCAGCCUUCUCCAAAAAGGGCCUUAGUACAACAGACAUGAUUGCCCUCUCUGGAGCACAUACAAUAGGCCAAGCAAGGUGUGUCUCGUUCAGGACAAGAGUGUACAACGAAAGCAACAUAGACGCCUCCUUUGCAAGCACUACGCAAUCCAAUUGCCCCACUUCGACUGACGGAGAUGAUAAUUUAGCCCCACUUGAUGCCAAUAGCUCCACCUUUUUCGAUACCUGCUACUACAAGAACCUGGUGAAUAAGAAGGGCCUUCUGCACUCUGAUCAGCAGCUUUACAGUGGGGGCUCUGCCGACUCCCAAGUCUCAUCCUACUCCACAAACACGGCGAAGUUUUUCAAUGACUUCGCUGCUGCCAUUGUGAAGAUGGGUAACAUCAGUCCUCUCACUGGUUCUGAUGGAGAGAUUAGAACUAAUUGCAGGAAGACCAACUAACCCUGACUCAAGCCAAGUAAUGGUGUCAUGGUGUCAAGUGUAUCAUUAUCUAGUUGUCGUAUUGUUGUCAAGCUUCUGAAAGCAGGCUAUGCACUUUCUUUAUAAAUGAAUAAAAUGGAUUUCACCCAUAAUCUAUUGUUUCUGAAUGACAAUGGCAAACGACAUAACAAUCAAACCAGAGAAUUGAUCACUCAAAUGUCGAAUAAUGCAGUUUUGUAUGUGGCGGUCAUUUUCACAUUAAAAGAUUGAUAGCAGUACAAUGAGAAAAAAUAAGAACAAGCAGAAACUACAGAAAUUUUACUUCUGAAAGCAGUGCAAUAAAACAUACAUCAGACAGAGUAGUCCACAAUUGACUUUCCAAAAGAUCGAAACAAAGAGAAGUAGAAAUAAUUUAU